AAUACCCUUGCAACGCGCGCGCCUACUCUCCUCCGCCCACUCGCUAGCCGCCGCUUCCCUUCUCCGCACCGACUACUGCGCCACUCCGCCAAGCGCAGCGCGCGCUCCCUCCCGCAGGCGGAGGGCGUGGUGCGCAGCCGCUGCAGGGGGAGCGGGCGAGGCGGAUGCGAGGGCGGCGCCGCUGGCGACCGCUGCGGGGGAUCGUGCAGUGAGGGCGGUCUCCGCCACGCGUUCAGGUUGCGGCAGCAGUGGCAGUGCGCGACCUGGUGGAGCAGGCGCAGUAGGCUACGCGCAGCUCUGCUCCAUCAUGCCCCGCUCGCACCACCGCCGCAAGGGGUAUCCCUUGGGGUCGCUGCUCGAUUUUACGACCGAUGCUGAUGGCC